AUGGAAGCCCCGGUAGACGCAACUUUGCCGUACGGGCUCGUCCCGCUGGUCGUGAUGGAGUUUCUUGCCAUUACCGUCGGAGGUGGCUUUUCCGGGACGUCAGGAGAGAGUAGCUCUUUUCGAUACGGAGCCCUUGAUUCUACCGUCUACUGGAUCCAGAUCAUCCUUGCCGACGGAACGAUCGAGGCCGCUUACAAGAAGGAUAAGGUAGAUCUAUUCUGGGGGGCCACCUCGGGCUUCGGAACUUUCGGUGUCGUCACUUUGUUGGAAGUUCAGUUAAAAGACGCAAAACCGUUUGUCGAGCUUAGGUACAAGGUCACGUGCGGUGCUCGGGAGAUGGUCGAAGUCAUUAAAGACGAGUGCGAUAAGAUGGAGAACGACUACGUCGAUGACAUAGUCUACUCCAAAUUCACUGCCGCGAUAUGCAUCGGACGUCUGGUGGACAAGAUACCAAUCCUGGAUCCCCUCCUCCGGGUGCGAGUCAUGUACUCUGCCGGUCACACGAGCAGGCUCUUUGACUACUACAUGGUGCAGGAUGUCGGGGUCCCCUAUGACCAUGCUUUGGAGUUCCAGGACUGGUUGGACAAGGAGCAUGGUAUGUACUCUCUCUGGAUAUGCCCGCUGCGCGUACGGCGCGACGACCAAAACUCGGACUACGGUCUCCAUGCCGAGUUCGGGAAGCCUGGCGCGGCUGAUCUCGUCAACUUUGGUAUUUGGGGCUCGCUGCAGGGAAAUAGACGAGAUGUUAUUCGGCACAACCGAGCGCUGGAGCCGAAAGCUGAGUUCUGGUCUCAGUACGACAAGAAGUCAUAUGAUGAGCUAAGGGCAAAGUAUGGGGCUUCGAACCUACCGAAUGUGUAUGACAAGGUUAAAGUCCAUGUCGAUGAGGACGAGAAACAUAUGGCGUCAACAGCGAUCACCGGAUGGCCGCUGAGGGGAUUGUGGGGGGUGGUCAGAGCGGUUUUAGGCAGUGAUUACUUGUUGCAGGAGGAGAGCGAUAAUUGA